GGAAAGGCCAACCACGUCACGGAAAAGCCCUGUCUCUGAUCAGAUGGGCUUAAUAUAAACCAGGUUUCCUGAGAAAGAAUUAAAGAGGCAGCCCCAAAGCAGGAGAGGAUUUACUUCAGCAGAGCAGCUCAGCGUACCGCAGCCCACCGAGAGAGAAGGGCAGUGUGAGCGGAGGACCCGGCUGCCUGGAGGAGCCUGGCAGAAGGGUAAAAAAUGACCCUCAACAACGUUACCAUGCGUCGCACCCACAACAACAGCCUGCAGCAGCAGCAGCAGCGAUGGAGCAUCCCUGCUGAUGGAAGGAAUCUGCUGAUCCAGAAAGACUCCAACGAGUACCACCCGCAGAAGCGAUACACCAUCAGUCCUGAUGAAUAUUACAGAAAGAGCUGGUCCUCAGAGUCGUCUGACUCUGUCAUCUCCUCCGAGUCCGGCAGCAAUUGCUACCGGGUGGUGCUGAUCGGGGAGCAUGGCGUAGGCAAGUCCUCGCUAGCCAACAUCUUUGCGGGGGUGCAUGACAGCAUCGACAGCGACUGUGAGGUGCUGGGAGAAGACACAUACGAAAGAACCCUGAUGGUGGACGGGGAAAGUGCAACCAUUAUAUUGCUCGACAUGUGGGAUAAUAAGCGUGAGGGAGAAUGGAUUCGAGACCACUGCAUGCAAGUGGGAGAUGCAUACUUGAUUGUCUACUCCAUCACAGACCGAGCAAGCUUUGAGAAGGCCUCCGAACUCAGAAUACAGCUCCGCAGGGCACGCCAGAAAGAAGACAUCCCCAUUAUUUUGGUUGGCAACAAAAGUGACCUUGUCAGGUGCCGCGAAGUUUCAGUGGCAGAGGGACGAGCCUGCGCCGUUGUGUUUGACUGCAAGUUCAUCGAGACCUCGGCAGCCGUGCAGCACAACGUGAAAGAGCUGUUUGAAGGCAUUGUGCGGCAAGUCCGGCUCCGGAGGGACAGCAAGGAAAAGAAUGAGAAGCGGCUGGCGUACCAGAAACGGAGAGAGAGCAUCCCAAAGAAAGCCAGGCGGUUUUGGGGCAAAAUAGUUGCCAAGAACAACAAGAACAUGGCCUUCAAACUCAAGUCCAAGUCUUGCCAUGACCUAUCGGUACUUUAAGAACGCUGGACUCUGCCAGAGCUUGUGGCAUUUUGUGGACAUUAUCUAACUAUGUCGUGGGACAAUCAAUCAAUCUAUAUUAGAUUGGGCUAUCAAAGUGACUUAGGUUCACAGUUGUGAUUGUGAUGAUACGUGCUGGCAUAAGAACAGCACAGUGCAUGGAAAUAUCUCUCUUUUUUUGUUGGUAGUUUUAGAAGAGAAGUAUAGACCAGAAUGACCCAAAGUUAUUCUGGGAAGUGUUCUGGAAUAUACCUGUUGUUUCUCCUCUAACCUUUGGAUAAUAGCGUAAGAACCUCGAACCGUCAUGACUUGGGAAGUGAAUACUACAAUCUUUACUCUUUAUCCUUGUUAUUAUUAUUUCUUUUUAAAAACUGUGUAAAGAAUUGAUGAAUUGACUGGGGAUUGGUCCUUUGCCAGUUGGCUGGUCAGGCUUGAGCACCCACAGCUGAAAAAUCUGCAUUUUUGUAGAAUAGCCACCGAGACACUUUUUUUUUUUUUUAUUUCAAGGAUUGGUUUUAAUGAGUUUACACAUCUCUUACUUUCAAAAUAUUUAAAGGAAAAAUCCUAUAAUCAAACAAAUUUUCCUCUCAUUUUCAUAUUAUGGGACUGUUUAAAAAUCAUAGUAAAAUUAAAAUUAAAGUGCAAGUUGUAUCAAAGUGCAUCAAGUGCAGGAUGCCAAACCUUUAUAAAUCACCUGAGCUUUUUUAAGAAACCACAUGGACUUCUUGUAUCCAGCCUCGGCCUUUCUCUAUGCCAGAGCUACGCUGUAUUUAUUGUUGUGCAAAAUUACAAGCAUUUUAAUGUUGAGGGGAAACAUAUUUAUUACCAAGUUUCUUAAAAGAAUAAUAUUAAUUUUAUUACUGUUUUCUAUCUAAUAUCUUUUUCAGAUAUGCAAGUUUUUACUUACAUGCCUUGUAAUAAAAUAAAUAAAAUAUAUGACUGCUUUUGAGCCUC